AUGGAAUUAUCAACUCAGCCCAGCGGAUGCUGAAGGAAAGGUUUUCGGAAAAGAACGGUCUCCAGAACACCCUUUUGUCGCAGCAGCUGCAGUUUGUAAUGACUAGGCAAAAUUCAGUUCAAAUUUAUAACAUUGGCAAUCACUGGGUAACGACGUCAAGCGAUGAACAAGGGAGUAUACAUUUGUAUGACAGCUUGGUCAGAUACAAGCUAUCGAGUCACCUAGAACAGCAGAUUGCAUCAAUCUACCGAAGCAAUGAGAAGGAGAUUACAGUUUCAAUAAGAGCAGUUCAGCAACAGAGAGGUGGCAAUGAUUGUGGGCUAUUUGCAAUUGCUUUCGCCCACGACGUUACUUCUGGCAUUGAUCCUGAGUAUGUGACUUACAUUCAAUCUGACAUGAGAAAACAUCUGUUCUCGUGCGUCAAGAAAGGCUAUAUAACACCAUUUCCACGUUAUUGUCGAGGCCGCCGUGACAUCACAAGGUGUAAGCGUUCUGUAGCCUCUUUCGCUAUUUAUUGUGUUUGCAGGCAGCCAGACAGUUUUGGAAGGCUGAUGAUCCAGUGCAACCGUUGUGAUGAGUGGUUCCAUUGCAAGUGUGUUUGUUUGAAACCACCUGGCAGAACAUUUUACUGUCCAACAUGUUCGAGUGAACAAGGUUGUUAGUUGACACAACAGACUUUGUACAACAAGCAGUAAACAGUUGCUAGUAAUACUGUGGCACUUCACGUAAGGAUGUUUUCAACUUUUUCCUUUUACGAGAC